UAUCAUAUGGCAUAUAAAUAUAAUCAAAUUGGCGUUUAAUAACGCACCGGUCACGUGCUUAAUGGCUUGUUAUCAAUAAAAUAUCCGUUCCCAGCAGUGCUCUCCUGAGAGUGUGACAUUUAAGAUGCUCUAUGGUGAUCUAAUCAAAACACACAGAAAGGCAACCGUGGGUAAUCAAUGUUAGGCAUAAUGACAAUCAUAUUAUUUAAUGUUUUAUGUAGUAAGAGUUAAGGACUGGGUGUUGGGAUGUAAAAAAAACUACUCAGGAUUGUAUCAGCUUUUGUUUUUCUGUCAAUGUUUUGGUUUGAAAAGGGAAGCAAACCUUCAAAAACUAGAGUUUAAACAAAUAGUAUUGGUGGCUUAUUCAGGUAUUGCAUAAGGUUUGUUGUUAAAGUUAUUCAAACAAAGAAUCCAUUCAUGACUGUCAUACUGGCAAAAAGUUCUUACCCAUUCAGCAGCCAAAGAAAGCAACAUUUAAGUAUGUUUUCAGUGUCAGAACUGCUUAUUGAGUCACAUUUUAUUGUGAUUCAUCACUUCCUGUGGGAGGCUUGUCCUGACAUAACUCUGAGAUUAAAUCUUCAGCUGUGCAGUUUGGUGAAACACAUCCUCUGUUACAGCCUCAAGUUUCAAAUAUUAACCAAGUCUGACAGCGAUAGCGGCCUCAGCACCAUGUCGAGCCGAGGAGCAAAGAAGAAGUCGACCAAGACGUCCCGGUCCACCAAGGCCGGGGUCAUCUUCCCCGUGGGGCGCAUGCUGCGCUACAUCAAGAGGGACCUGCCUAAAUAUCGCAUCGGGGUGGGGGCGCCCGUCUACCUGGCUGCUGUCCUGGAGUAUCUCACCGCUGAGAUCUUGGAGUUGGCAGGUAAUGCAGCCAGAGACAACAAGAAGGGUCGCAUCACACCACGACACAUCCUGCUGGCCAUCGCCAACGACGAGGAGCUGAACCAGUUGCUGAAAGGUGUGACCAUCGCAGCAGGUGGAGUCUUGCCCAACAUCCAUCCAGAGCUGCUGGCCAAGAAGAGAGGACUAAAGGGAAAACUGGAGCCUCCCGUUUCACCGGCCCCCGAGAAAAAACCCAAACCGGUCAAGAAAUCGGCAAACAAGAAAAUGAGCGGGAAAAAGGCAGCAGCGAAGGCUAAGCAGAAGCAGGGAGAGGUGAGCAAGGCGGCGUCGGCAGACAGCACCACAGAGGGAUCUCCAGACAGCUUCACCGUGCUCUCCACCAAGAGCCUCUUCCUGGGUCAAAAGCUCAACCUCAUCCACAGCGAGGUCAGUAACUUGGCUGGCUUUGACGUGGAGGGGGUCAUCAACCCCACCAAUGCUGAACUUGAACUUAAAGAUGAUCUAGGCUCUGCUCUGGAGAAGAAGGGAGGGAAGGAGUUCAUUGAAGCGCUGUCGGAGCUGAAGAAGAAAAACGGCCCUCUGGAGGUGGCUGGCGCUGUGUUGACCGCCGGCUUUGGUCUGCCCGCCAAGUACGUCAUCCACUGUAACAGUCCGGGCUGGGGCUCCGACAAGUGUGAGGAGAUGCUGGACAAGACGGUGAAGAACUGCCUCGCUCUGGCGGACGAGAAGAAACUCAAGUCUGUGGCUUUCCCUUCCAUCGGUAGCGGGAGGAAUGGUUUCCCAAAGCAGACAGCAGCCCAGCUGAUCCUAAAGGCCAUCUCCACCUACUUCGUGGCCACCAUGUCUUCCACCAUCAAGACCGUCUACUUCGUGCUGUUUGACAGCGAGAGCAUCGGCAUCUACGUGCAGGAAAUGGCCAAGCUGGAGACGAGCUAAAAGAGUUUGGAGUAUUCGCCUCCCAAUUUAGUUCUUUUUUUUUUUUGCAUUAUGUUUGUAUUUUUCCUAUAUUGUUUUUAAUUUCUUAUUUACUUGUCACCUCUGGUGUUUAAAUGUCAAAGUGCACUGCUCAUUCUACGGUCUUUUAAUACAAGCAGUGCUCUAAAAAUUACAGAUUCAACAAGUGAAAGGACUCACUUUAAGAUUUAAUCUUUAUGGUAUAUACGGUAAAAGAUGUUAGGAGAGAUAGCUGCACCUCAAAUACCAGGCUUCCAGAGAAGUCUGAUGAAUACGGGUUAAUGCAUGUAAUGGCAGUAAAGAUAGUUAAAACAGCUAUUCGAUUUAUUUUCAUCUCAAAAACACAAAACACUUAAUUGAGUGGUUCUUUUUGGUUUAAAUUCUCUCUGUUCAUCAUCUCUGUUGUUAUCAGUACUGUGUAAUGAAAAAGGUAAAGUUCUGCUUUGGUCUUCAGGAGACGUCGUGUAACGGAACGAUGGAAAGAGUUUUUGUGUUGUGUGUUGCAAAUUUGUGUGAUUGCCUUUCUUUACACAGGCAAAAAAAACGAGUUCCCUCGUGUGCUGCAGGGACCUUUAAUUCCUCAGAACGUAAUCAGUUAAAGAAAAAUAAGUCAACUGACGCCUUUAUGAUGUAAUGAUCAUCCUGGUACCAGCGUUGUCAGUUUAUACUGUAAACCGAACACCUGUUGGUUGUCAUUUACAGUAAAAAUAAAUUAAUUUAUGACGAAGUAGUAGAAUUGGAGGUUUUUGCAGGGCAAGAAUGGUUUACAAUGUGUGUUCCUAUCAAUGUUUAUAUAGAUGGAGUAUUUGUGAAAUGUUAUAGAAGAAUAUUGGACUGUAACAUAGAUUUUUUUUAUUUUAUUUUCAAAUUUUAAUUGAUUCCAAAAGGCACAGGUGGUUUGGAAGAGAAAAAAAAAACUAGUGAGAGAGUUGUUUAUUUUGUGUGUUUUGUCUUUGUUAAGCCAUAAAACAGAUGUACUCAUAAUUGCUGGAAAUAGAAGCUCUCUGCUGUUGCUUUUUUGGUUUUGCUGUUUUCAUUCAGCCGCCACUAGAUGGCUCCCUGUAAUCAAGAAUUGGAAUUUUUCAUCUCAGCCAUUUUCUGUGCAGCAGCAGGCCUCUCCACACAGACGCUGUUUGAUUUGAGUCGGAUUUGAAAUUUUGGGAUUGACGGAUAUAUACAUAAAUACAUAAAUAUAUAUAUAUAUAUAUAUAUACAUACAUAUAUAUAUAUAUACAUACAUAUAUAUAUAUAUAUAUAUAUAUAUAUAUAUAUAUAUAUAUAUAUAUGAGGAACCCGACUGCUCUGCUGCAUUUGGACUUUUCAAAAGCCUAACUUUCGUAUGGGAAAAAAGAAAAAUGCUUUCUAAAGAAUUGCUACAAUUGAUGAUUAUACAAAAGGUCUGUACACACUCCGGUAAUAAAAUACUUUAAAAACAUUUGUCCCUCUUGAGAUUAUGGGAUCAUUUUGUGUUUUCG